ACGAGUCCCCAUAGGCCCUUGCGCGACUCCGGCUGGGCAGGAUUCCGGACAACGCCUGGUUCCUCUCGGGUCCUUCCGGCGUCGCCGGAGUGAAUUGAUCCGGGAGUUGAAGAGGGCUCGAAGGUGGGAAGUGAAGUCAGUGCCUCAGUGGCCGGUCAAUAUAUGUUUUGUGACCUAUUCUUUUAUCACAAAAAAAGAGAGAAGAAAUACUGCAGUGAAUGAAGAUUCCUCUGCAUUUUAGCACUGCUUUUUCUACUGUAGUUGGCUUUUGAAUGAGGAUGACAAUGGAAGAGAUGAAGAAUGAAGCUGAGACCACUUCCAUGGUUUCUAUGCCUCUCUAUGCAGUCAUGUAUCCUGUGUUUAACGAGCUAGAACGAGUAAAUCUGUCUGCAGCUCAGACACUGAGAGCAGCUUUCAUUAAGGCUGAAAAAGAAAAUCCAGGACUCACACAAGACAUCAUAAUGAAAAUUUUAGAGAAAAAAAGUGUAGAAGUUAACUUCACAGAAUCACUUCUUCGAAUGGCAGCUGAUGAUGUAGAAGAAUAUAUGAUUGAACGACCAGAGCCAGAAUUCCAAGACCUAAACGAAAAGGCACGGGCACUUAAACAGAUUCUCAGUAAGAUCCCAGAUGAGAUCAAUGACAGGGUGAGGUUUCUGCAGACAAUCAAGGAUAUUGCUAGUGCAAUAAAAGAACUUCUUGAUACAGUGAAUAAUGUCUUCAAGAAAUAUCAAUACCAGAACCGCAGGGCACUUGAACACCAAAAGAAAGAAUUUGUAAAAUACUCCAAAAGUUUCAGUGAUACUCUGAAAACCUAUUUUAAAGAUGGCAAGGCAAUAAAUGUGUUCAUGAGUGCCAACCGACUAAUUCAUCAAACCAACUUGAUACUUCAGACCUUCAAAACUGUGGCCUGAAAGUUGUAUAUGUUAAGAGAUGUACUUCUCAGUGGCAGUAUUGAACUGCCUUUAUCUGUAAAUUUUAAAGUUUGACUGUAUAAAUUAUCAGUCCCUCCUGAAGGGAUCUAAUCCAGGAUGUUGAAUGGGAUUAUUGCCAUCUUACACCAUAUUUUUGUAAAAUGUAGCUUAAUCAUAAUCUCACACUGAAGAUUUUGCAUCACUUUUGCUAUUAUCAUUCUUUUAAGAAUUAUAAGCCAAAAGAAUUUACGCCUUAAUGUGUCAUUAUAUAACAUUCCUUAAAAGAAUUGUAAAUAUUGGUGUUUGUUUCUGACAUUUUAACUUGAAAGCGAUAUGCUGCAAGAUAAUGUAUUUAACAAUAUUUGGUGGCAAAUAUUCAAUAAAUAGUUUACAUCUGUUAAACAUUU